AUGCGAUGGAUCAUAGGAAACGGAAAGGACAUCAAGUUCUAUACCUUCAAUUGGGUUAUUGAUCACCCUUUACUGAACUAUAUCCUUGAGGACAGACUACACUUAAUCAACAUUGAGGAAACAGUUAGUGACUACAUCAGUAACAAUACCUGGAAUAAGAACAAAUUGUCUUCUGCUCUAGACCCACCUGUUGUUGAUCAAAUCCUUGGAAUUUCUCUUCCGGUGAUGGAGCAACAGGAUGAGUACAUCUUGACUUUGACAGAUGCAGAGAACAUGCUACUGGAAAGCAACAUCAAGAAGGAUGCCAGAGCUCUCUAUAUCAUUCAAAUGGGUCUAUCAAAUGAGAUCUUCCCAAGGGUUUCCAAUGAGAUAAAAGCCAAGGAUGCUUGGGAUGUUCUGGAGAAAGAAUACAGGGGAACUACAAAGUCUGUUGAAACAGCAUUUCAAUCCUUGAAUGUCAGCUCCAAAGGAAAGUGGAAGGCUGAGUCAAGUUCUCAGCAAAACAAGCCUAAAGUUGAGAAGAACUGGAAGAGUACAAAUCAGAAAAAUAAAGGCAAAAGGGAAUCUAUUGGCAUAAAGGCAAGCCAAAGUGUUCCAACUGUGAGAGAUUUGGGCAUGUUCAAAAAGACUGCAAUUACAAAUGCUUGUAGCAAUCAUAUGACAGCAAACAAAUCUCUACUUAUUGACAUAGAUACUUCGGUGACCCCAAGAGUGAGGAUGGAUGAUGGCAAUCUAGCUCAAUCUCAAGGUAGAGGUACACUUGUGGUGGAAACAAAGAAGGGUAGAAUGUAUAUCAAGGAAGUGAUGAUUGUCCCUAAUUUGGCUGAGAAUUUGUUGAGUGUGGGUCAGCUUAUAGAGCAUGGCUACUAUGUGGAUUUUGGAGAUAAUUCAUGUGCUAUGUAUGGGAAAAGAGAUAGAACUCAACAAAUUGCUAAGGUGAAAAUGGAAGGAAACAGUAGCUUUCCUAUCACCUUAAAUUACUCUGCAUCUCCUUCAAAGAGUGUAGAUGUUUCAUGGAAGCAUCUUAAAGAGAAGGAUAUGGUGCAUGGCUUACCAAUUAUACAAGAAGCUAGUGAAAUCUGUGAAGGGUGUGCAGUUGGCAAGCAACAUAUAGACUCUUUUCCAAAGGAGAAAGCUUGGAGAGCCUCAAAGCCACUUGAGCUCAUACAUUCAGAUGUUUGUGGACCGAUGAAUACUGCUACACAUGGAGAAAGACAAAGUGGCUUUCUAAUUAAGACAUUGAGAAGUGAUAGAGGUGGCGACUACAACUCAAAGGAGUUCGACAAGUUCUGUAAUGAUUUGGGACUUGAAAGACAACUGACAACAACAUAUACCCCACAGCAAAACGGAGUAGCCAAGAGGAAGAACAUGACUAUUGUCGAAAUGGCAAAGUCCAUGUUACAUGAAAAAGGAUUACCUUAUGUUUUCUGGGGAGAAGCAGUCAAUACUACUGUGUAUUUGAUGAAUCGUUGUCCCACUAAGGCAGUGAAGGAUUUGACACCUUUUGAAUCUUUAUGGGACUGGAAAAGCAAAUAUGUCCAGAUUUCGACACUUCAAGUGGGUGAAGAUAAUGAAGGAGAAGAGUUUGAAGAAGAAGCUGGUUAUUUCCAAUCUCAUGUUCACUCUCCUCAACCAACUAGUCCUCAACCUCCACAAUCACAAGCUUCAACUCCUAGCUCAACUCCAAUAAGGACGAGAAGUCUCUGUGAUGUGUAUGCUAGCUGUAACUUCUGUGUUACUAAACCAGAAACUUAUGAUGAAGUAAUCAAAGAUGUGGCAUGGAAGAAAGCAAUGGUGGAAGAAAUUUCUGUGAUUGAAAAAAAUUCAACAUGGGAUUUGGUGAACAGACCAAGUGACAAAAUUGUCAUUGGUGUGAAAUGGCUCUACAAGACAAAGCUGAACAUAGACGGUUACAUUCAAAGAAACAAGGCCAGACUUGUGGCUAAAGGGUAUUCUCAACAACCAGGUGUUGAUUUUCAUGAGACUUAUGCACCGAUUGCACGUUUGGAUACAAUCAGGGCUCUAAUUGCAUUGGCAACUCAGAAAAAUUGGUCUUUAUACCAAUUGGAUGUCCAGUCAGCCUUCUUGAAUGGAGUGUUGAAUGAGGAAGUGUAUGUUGAACAACCUCAAGGCUUUGUGACUGAAAAUGAAGAACAUAAAGUUUAUAAGUUGAAGAAAGCCUUAUAUAGCUUGAAGCAAGCUCCUCGUGCAUGGUACGGAGAGAUUGAUUCUCAUUUCAUCAAAGAUGGCUUUCAAAGGAGCGAGAAUGAGCCAACCUUGUACAUCAAAACUAAAGGUAACACUGAAAUUCUCAUUGUCUCAAUCUAUGUUGAUGACUUAGUGUUUACUGGAAGUUGUGAGGAAAUGGUUCUAAAUUUUAAAAAUGAGAUGAUGAAAAAAUAUGAGAUGAGUGACUUGGGUCUAUUGCAUUAUUUUCUGGGAAUUGGUGUCUCUCAAUCUGAAAAUGGUAUCUUUGUUUCCCAAAAGAAAUAUGCUAAAUCCAUUCUUGAGAAAUUUGGAAUGGGAGGGUGCAAAUUUGUUGCUAUACCUCUUAUUGUGAAUGAAAAACUUUCGAAAGAUGAUGGAAGCAAACCUGUUGACACAAGUGUGUACAGAAGCUUGGUUGGAAGCCUCCUUUAUUUGACUGCAACAAGACCUGAUGUCAUGUAUGCAGCAAGUCUUUUGUCUAGGUUCAUGCAUAAUCCUACUCAAAUGCAUCUUGGGACUGCCAAGAGAGUGUUGAGAUAUAUUCAAGGGUCAAUUGAUUUUGGAAUGAUGAAUCGAAAGAACAUUAAACCGAAGUUAUUUGGUUUUUGUGAUAGUGACUGGAGUGGGAGUCUGGAUGAUUCAAAAAGCACAUCAGGUUAUGCCUUUACAAUAGGUUCUGGGGUGUUUUCAUGGGGUUCCAACAAGCAACAGAGUGUUGCUUUAUCCACAACUGAAGUAGAAUAUGUAUCUGCAGCUGAAGCUACUUCUCAAGCAAUUUGGCUGAGAAGAAUUCUGGAAGACUUUGGUGCAAUCUGA